AAAUCUUGCCUUUUAAGGGUCACUCUCCUCUUUCUCUCAUUGGGAAGCGUCUCCUCAUCAAUAUUCUUUCUUCCAACACAAACACACAGAGCUAGAGAGAGAGAGAGAGAGAGUUUCCUCUCGCAAGCAGCGUGACAGUGUGAAAAUGGCACGGAGCAAUAUGUCAAGCAUUCUUCUGUUUUUCUUGAUUCUGAAUUCGACCCACUUGAGAUUCAGAGCAGAUGGAAGAGCAGAGCCUAAUAAUUCCCCUCCAUUCUCCAAGAGAGGGAUCGAUGAAGAGGAAAGCCUAAUGAGAGGUCAAAUAGGGUCAAGGCCUCCAAGUUGCAAGAGAAGGUGCAGAUCAUGUGGGCUCUGUGAAGCCAUUCAGGUCCCCACAGAUCCUCAAAAGUUUCAGACAAAUCUCCAUGCUUCUUCAGAUUCUGCCGUUCUUAAUCUUGAUUAUGCAAGAGGUGAUGACAGUUCUAACUACAAGCCCAUGAGUUGGAAAUGCAGAUGUGGUAACUCCAUCUUCGACCCUUGAAUUAAUGUUUUCCUGUCUCCACCACAGCUUGUUCAAUCAGAUCUUUAUUAUGUGUAAAUAUUUUGAUUGUAAUCAGUGUAAACUAGUUAUUAUAAUAUUCAAACGGAGUAGAUGGUGUUACUCUUUUCGAAUUUUCGAGCAUUAA